GUUCUCAACGGAGCCGUACACCCGGGGCGAGCGAGGCGGCGGCGGAGUCGCCAGGGUUCUCCAGAAUGGCAACGUUUUUGAGAAAGCUGGGGUGAACCUCAGCGUUGUCUACGGUGAGAUGCCUGAGUCCGCGCUGAAUGCCGCAACCGAAAGGGGUGCCGAUCGAGUAGGCGGCAAGCUGAAGCCCGGCCAGAAGGUUCCCUUCUUUGCCUGCGGCCUGUCAUCCGUGAUGCAUCCCAAGAACCCGCACUGCCCCACCAUGCACUUCAACUACCGCUACUUCGAGACGGAGACUGGGGCCUGGUGGUUUGGCGGUGGCACGGACAUCACUCCGUCCUAUUUGGACCGGGAUGACAUGAAGCACUUCCAUGGCACCUACAAGGAUGUCUGCGACAAGUAUGACCCCGAGUGGUACGGAAAGUUCAAGAAGUGGGCAGACAAGUAUUUCCUCAUCCAGCAUCGCCAGGAGACACGAGGUUUGGGCGGCAUCUUCUUCGAUGACUUCAACACCGAGGACCCCGAGACGCACUUGAAAUUCUCCACAGAGUGCCUGGGUGCAGUUGCCAAGGCCUAUGUUCCGAUCCUUGAAAAGAACAAGGACAAGGAGUUCACCGAUGAGCAGAAGCAGUGGCAGCUGGUCCGGAGGGGGCGGUACGUGGAGUUCAACCUCGUCUAUGACCGCGGAACAGUCUUCGGCUUGAAGAUGCUUAGCAGCGGUGUUGGCCGCAUCGAAAGCAUUUUGAUGUCUCUGCCGGAGAAUGCGAAGUGGCUGUACAGCCACGAGCCCGAAGAAGGCUCUCCUGAGGCCUGGCAUAGGGCUUCGCAUUUGUGA